CGAGCAUUGAGCAGUGAUGAAGGUGGUUCCUGGUUCUGGUGGUUGGCGGGGAGAUUGAUCUAACUUGACGGGUUUUUACUUCACUGGUUGCCCGUUUCGCGGGUUUCCCUUCUGUUAGCUCAUACAAUGGCACAGGAAGAGAUGGAAGUGGACAUUCCUAACCUUUUGGCUUUCACAGGCGGCCCACCGGCAGUGUUCCUCUCUGAGCAGCCUGGAAGUGCUUCCUAUAUUUUCUUGCCUCCUCCUGUUACUGACUCUGAUGACUCAAAUGAACUUUUUCCUCAACCUGAGGAGCAAAAUGAGAUUAUAGUUCUGGACACUGCUGAAGAAUCUCAGAUAUCCGUUACAGCUAAUGCUCUACAGAGGCUACAGGGAGCUCAAGAUCAGCUACGUCAAUCCACAAAUCGCCGGUCUACUCGUCCUCAACGUACACUAAGAAUAUCUACUAGACGACAGCAAAGAGGAGGUUCCCAACGCACAGCGGGAACCAGCUCACAUUCUGGAUUGAGCAGCUUCUUCCAAGCAAGCAGAACCCAGCGCCCAGCCUCAGUUGCAGUUUUAGGUAGGGGUAACGAAGUUUUGCAGGCAGAAACCAUAAGACUUCCUGUAGAGCUUGAGGGUGACAGCUCGGAUGACACAGUGGAACUAAGUGAUGAUGAAGAUGGGAGCGCCACAGAACCAUUAGAAGGAGAUGAGGAUACAAGACCUGCUGAACCUUCAGAACCAGCCUCUGAAGAAAUCAGCGUCAACCUUGCUGCGGUCGAGACUGAUGCUUCUAGAAACCCGAAUCCCUUGGAUGUUCCUGAUAUUGGCAAUGUACAACUUCCAGUACAACCCAAACCGAGAACACCAGCAAAGCCCCCAUCAUCCUUAGCUAAUCCUCCACCUGAAGAAGAUGAAGGAGAUACCUGUGCAAUAUGCUUUGAUUCCUUCACCAAUGCUGGUCAGCAUCGUGUGUCUGCAUUAAGAUGUGGCCAUAUUUUUGGUUACAACUGCAUUGAUCGGUGGCUCAAGGGUGGUGCUGCCAAGUGUCCACAGGUCUCUGCAAGGAGCUGCGGGGUUAAGAAGCUCAGUGCUGCCAAUAUGAAGAGCAGCCAGUAUGUUCCCAUUCACUCGAAGCAGAUCAGAGGUCUGGCAUUCAAUGACCGUUCUGAUGGUCUAUUGCUCUCUGCAGCUCUGGAUAACACUGUUAAGCUCACUAGCCUUCUUACUAAUACAGUUGUGCAGACAUACAAUGCAGGUCGGCCUGUCUGGAGCUGCUGUUGGUGCUCUGACAAUACCAAUUAUGUGUAUGCUGGUCUGAUAAAUGGCUCUGUGCUAGUUUAUGAUUUGAGAGACACCAGUGAGUGUGUGCGGGAAUUGGUACCACUCGGCAACAGGUGCCCUGUUGUAUCAUUAGCUUAUGUUCCUCGUGCUGCCUGUGAAGUCUUUCCAUGUGGUGGCGUUUUAGCUGGGACCCUGGAAGGUGCAUGCUUCUGGGAAAUGAAAGAUUCUCAGUAUCGGCCUCACCUUCUCCCGCUAGAGCCAGGAGGUUGCACUGACGUACAAAUGGAGAGCAGCACACGACACUGUCUUGUUACCUACCGACCUGGUAAGAAGGUGUAA